UUUCAACACACAAUAGGUUCAGAAGGUAAUGGGUAUCCUCAUCAUCAAGUAUUCUGCCCAUUCCUGCUCAUGCUCUGUCCCUUCACAACUUCGCACUGCAUCAUUCCAUUUGUAGUCACAAUCUAAUCACUGUCUGUUAUUUUAAAGAAAGAGAGAGUGUGUAAUAUUAUGCCUCUUGACCUCAGUGUGGGUUGUGUCUUUUAAAAACAAAAUGAACAUGUGACUCUCCAGAUGUUCAGCUCAGCUCCCCUCAGCCAGUAUGGUCAGUGGUCAGAGAUAAUGGGAAUUGUAUUCCAGUCACAUCUGGAGGUCCACAGGUCAUUCCACCUCUGUUGUAUAGAUGCCAUAUAAAACAAAUGAGAAAACUACUGCUAAACUUGAAAGCUAGCUAUCUCAAUCUGUUAAUUUUGUAUAAUUCCAUUUGAAUCAACCUGACUUCCUCCCACUGGAAGUUUGAACUCUGGUUUUGAAGUAAAUUAAUGUCCUUGAGUUAGGAUGUCCUCUGGGUGGUACAACUUAGAGGAUCAACUGAACAACCUGUGUCAUCCCUGCCACUUGCAGCAUGGUGAACAUAAUGUAUGUUUUAUGUACUUUUUAUGGGUUGUACUUAUAAGUAUGGGAUGUACUUUGCCCAAACUGCGGGAGGCAGUGGAAGACAGAAGUGCCUGGCGUGCUCUGGUCCAUGGGGUCACGAAGAGUCGGACACGAUUAAACGACUAAACAACAACAACAUGGGUUGUACUUAGAUUGCAUUGAAAUCAGAUAAGUUGUGACUUUCAAGUUUCAUUGAUUUCAGUGGUAGCUAAGUGGGACUAACAUGGAAACAACCCUUGGGUAUUGAUGCAAAGUAUGCAUUAAAUCAUGACAUGGGCUGCAACUAAAAGGCAUCUAACAAGUGUAAAAAGAAGGUUUCCCAAAUGUACCAAAAACAUUCCUUACCUGGGGCACCAUUUGAUCUCUGGUUAACCCUGGGAGGGAGGUUUAUGGCCCAGAAUACUUUUGUAGAGGAAGCAUUUUUCUAUGGAGGGGCAUUCGCACUGUCUCAACUAGCCCUAGGAAAUUGCUAGCAUCUUCUAGAAGGAUGCUGGGGGAUUUCUCUGUUUACUAGACUAGCCUAAUCUAAUUUCAUACCUACUAAGAAGGCAAAUCCUGGAUUAACCUGGCCUGGCAAGGAGGGGAUCAGGAAGGCCGUUUCAGUGUGUUGUUUUCCCAGCACAUUGGAGAAGGUGACAAGGACUGGGACAAUAUCUCUGCCUCCCAAAGGGGUCUGCACAGAGAAGAAUUUCUGCUCAAUUCUCUAGAGUCGGUUGGACAGUAGUACCAUCAAAAUAGAUUGGGAGUAGAAGUGGGUCUGUUGCAGCAAGGCAUUGUAAAACAAUCUAAAGAGUUCUCCGGAAAAGAAAGCCGCUAGCAGCUCUGCCAUGGAGGAAACGUAUCUACUUAACGUGGAAGGAGUCAAGAAAAAGAUUUUACAUGGCGGUUACGGUCCGUUGCCAGAUUUCAAAGAUGGGAGCAAGAUCACAUUCCACUUCCAGACGCUAAAAGACAACUUUGAGAGAACGGUGAUAGAUGACAGCCGGGGCCCUGGCAUCCCCAUGGAGAUUAUUGUGGGGAAGAUGUUCAAAAUCGAGGUGUGGGAGACCCUUCUAACUUCCAUGCGGAUCGGCGAGGUGGCAGAGUUCUGGUGUGAUGCUAUUCACACGGGAAUGUACGCCUUGGUCUCCAAGGGCAUGAGGAAAAUUGCCGAGGGCAAGGACCCUCUGGAGGGCCAGAAACAUCGCUGUGGGAUGGGCAACAUGUUCGAUUACUACACCACAGGCCAUGCAGACCUGGAUGAACUGCAGCAGACGCCACAGCCCCUUAUUUUCAUUAUGGAGCUGUUCAAAGUAGAGGAUCCCUCUUCCUACAAACGGGAUACGUGGGCCAUGAACAACGAGGAGAAGCUGCUGGCUGUGCCAAAGCUGCACACGGAGGGUAACCGACUGGUCCUUUCCAGGAAAUUCAAGGAAGCGGCAGAGAAAUACCAGGAAGCUAUCAUCUGCUUGCGCAAUAUCCAGGCCAAGGAGAAGCCGUGGGAUGAAGACUGGAUGAAGCUGGAGAAUCUCAUUACACCUCUUGUGCUGAACUACUGUCAGUGCCAGCUGGAGUUGGGGGAGUAUUAUGAGGUGCUGGAGCACACAACCGACCUCCUGCAGAAGAACAAUGAAAAUGUCAAGGCGUAUUUCAAACGGGCUAAAGCCCACGCUGCUGUCUGGAAUGAAAAGGAGGCCCGAACAGACUUUUUGAGGGUGGCCCACCUGGAUCCAUCGCUGACUGCCGCUGUGAGGAAAGAAUUGAAGCUCUUGGGGGAGAGGAUGAGGAAGAAGCACGUGGAAGACCGCAAGAAGUACAAAGAUCUCUUCCAGCAGCCUGCUCCUAAAGGAGAAACUGAGGGGAGAGCAAUGGAGGAAACAGAAAAGCUGUCAGAUUCUAGCCUCGGCCCACAAACAGAGGAAAAGAAUCAAGAAACCCUGAGGCCUGAGAGAGGAAGAGAAGAAGGGAGAUGGAUGGGUGCAACAGAAGCAACAGAAGAAACAGAGCAAGGGAACUUAGCAGAGAAAGAGGAUGGACUCCUAAUGAAGACAGGCGAAAUGGACAAAGAGGACAUCACCUCUCAGAAAGUGAGGGAAGAGGAAAUAGGAAAUAAAGAUAAAGGAAUGAUGGAGAGUCAUUCUGGAGAUGACCUGACAGGCUGUGAAACCUCUGGAAGCAAGGAACAGUUAGAGUUUGCGCAGUGGAAGCUUGAAGAACAGAGGGGGAAAGUGGAAGAGAUUAAUUCUGGGGCUGGGGAUCAAAACAGAGAAGUGGAUUUUCCAGUGCUGGAGGAAAAGGAUGCAGAAAGAAGAGCCAUCCCUGGGAGCUCUGGGAAGGAAUUAGGGGGAGUUGCAGGAAACCAUGUGAACAGCAGCGUAGGGGAAGGGUUAAUUGAAGGACCUUGUGAGACUGGAGUGGGCAUUGGAACAGAGAACUUCACAAGAGAGACGGAAGGAUAUGAAGCAACUUGUGGGAAACGAGAAUCCCAAACUGUUGAAUUGUCAAUGGUACAGGGUGAUAAGGGCUUUGGAGCAGAGGAUCCCAAGGAUGGGGUUAUAGUAGAGAGCCCUCAGGAAAGUAGUGAAAAAGAUGACUUCCAAAUCUUUCAGGAAGCAUCAAAGACAGAAACAAGCGUGUCAACAGAACCGAGGGAAAAGGUCAGUUCUGACUUGGAAACUUGUGGUGGGCCAAGAAAGGAGAAUUCUGCUAGAGAGGAGGAGGAACCUAAAGAAGAAACAAAAUUGGAAGAGAAAAGAAGAGAAGAUAAUGAUCAUUCCAUUCCAGAAGAGGAGACACAUUGCUGUGAAGCAGGCCCAGAGCAUUGUGAGGGAGAGGCAGACCCAGAAGACUUUAAAAGAGUGGCAACUGGUGAUUAUGUGAAAAUAACAUUAGAUGUUAGGGCCAAGGAAGUGAUAAGCCUUAAAUCAGAACAUGCCAGAGAAGAGGGGGGUGGCCACAGAGAGGUGGCUGCAUGUAGGGAGGGAGGAAGUGAAGUUGGUGACAGAUCUAGGCUGUGCAAAGAUGCACAAGGAGAUGAGGUAGACCAAGAAUGGUUCAAGGCAGAAAUAAGCUUCAAAGCUGAUGAUCUGGAGAUGGGAAAGAGAGGGGAGGAUUCCGAGACAGAACAAGCAGGUCUGCAAGUUAGGGGGGAAGAGCCAGAAGCGAAAACAGGCAGGGAAGCAGAACUGAUUGUGGGGCAAGAAUCUCUAUGGGGCAACAGUGAGGUGUCAAGAAAGGAGGAUGGAGAUACAGAAGAUAUUUCAUUGGCCACCCACUGCAGAGGAGACAAAAGUGAAGUGCUGGAGUUGACUGGAUCUGGAGCAAUGGGUGAGCUGAACAUUUCUACCCUGAGACAACGCAACCUGAUGAAAGAGGAAACCCAGUGAGGAGGCAGAGAGUCAGGUAUGAAAAAUAGUGGGUUGUAGAAUCAGUUGCUGAGGUCUAGGGCAGAGCUUUCCAAACUGUGUGUCACGACAUGUUAGUGUGUUGGCUGCAGUGUGCUCCUCCCAGGGCUGGAAAGGGGGUAAUUUA